AUGAAUUAUUACGGAUACUGGGAUUAUCCGUACUAUGGGCAGGCCCAAGCUCAGGCCCAGGCCCAGGCACAAGCUCAGGCGCAAGCUCAAGGUCAGAUGCCGCCUCCAAUUGGGCAAGUACAACAGAUUCCUCAAGUUUCUCAAAUUGGGCAAGUCCCCUCAGCAUCACAAGUCCCUCAGAUUGGCGGUCAACCAAGUCACCACCAACCAGGCGACGACACUACUUCGGGAAUAUUACAACGCUUAAAUCCUCAAAACCAGCAGUACAGCAAUUACAGCCAGCCGCAACAACAAGGCCAACAACAAAGCCAACAGUCUCAACAAUCACAACAGGUUCAACAGGCUCAGCAACAGCAGCAGCAGCAGCAGCAGCAACAACAACAACAACAACAACAGUAUGAGAAGGGCUUACCCCAGCUACAGCCCAUGGCAAAUGGCACUCAGCAAGUCAUGUACUAUCCUUAUUCUGGUUACUCGUAUUACUAUCAACAACUAUCCCAGCAAAUGGGUCAACAAAUGCCACCACAGGACGAAGAGCCUGAACUGACUGGACAGACGCAGCAGCAGACGCAGCAGCAAGCGCAACAAUCACAGCAACAGCAACAACAACAACAACAACCAUUGGCUCCUCCGGUCAUUUCAACAGUGUCUCAACACUCUAAUGGUUACACUCAAUCGCCCAGCUCGCGUUACUAUCACUUGCCACAUACUUCCUCAUACCAAUACCCUCGCUUCCAACAAUAUGGCCUACCAUUGAUGCAGCAGCAAGCAAAUCAAAGUACAGCAGGAAUACCUACUUCUACCUCCCGCAACGGCUCAGCUACAUCCAUAGGCGGCGGCCAAUUCGGAAAUAAUAGUCCUAUGAGCUCAUUUGGUAGCUCUUCCCCCAACCCAAAGGACUUCCCAAUGAAGAGACGUAAGUCAGGAAAGAAGUCGAAUUUGACUCCAACACAACAAAAUCUUCCUACUUUCUCACAACAGGGCCAAAGAUCAAAGGUGACAACCACUAUGUGGGAAGAUGAAAACACCUUAUGCUACCAAGUUGAAGCCAAUGGUGUCACGGUAGUAAGAAGGGCUGAUAAUGAUAUGAUAAAUGGUACGAAAUUAUUAAAUGUUACUAGAAUGACAAGAGGUAGAAGAGAUGGUAUAUUAAAAGCUGAGAAGAUUAGACAUGUGGUGAAAAUUGGCUCUAUGCAUCUAAAGGGUGUAUGGAUACCAUUUGAAAGAGCACUAGUUAUGGCUCAAAGGGAGAAAAUAGUUGAUCUACUAUAUCCGUUAUUUGUUAGAGAUAUACAAUCGAUCAUUCAACAAGAGUCUAACGGUAAGUACCAGCAGCCUCAUCAACAUCACCAAACUCUAAUUUCAACUCCUCAGCAAAACUCUUUGCCUCAUAAUAAUGUCCAAAACACACCUUCUAGUCAUAUAAUGCCUAUUUCCCAAGCUGGUGUUGUUAUGCAGCAAGGGAGUUCUUAUGAUCAAAACCAACAUCUCUCAGGUUCUAAUGCUAAUAUUAAAGAAGUUCAGGAUGACAAUUCUCAUCAACAAUCUCUGCGACCAUCUCCAAAUGGACCAAAUCAUACUCAAAUGCACCACCAUCAUGGUAGUUCUCAAGUUACCAAUCAUGAUAUCAAUGGUUCUAGUAACAAUCAGUUGGACGGUUCCUCUGCUUCUGAGAAACCAAAUAACAUCGCUACUAGUAUGAAGGAUUAA